AUGGACAGGGGACCUGGCAAGCCUGCUUUGUGCCUGGCAAGUCUGAGCUCCCCAUCUGCUGUGCGGAGACAGAAACCAGGGCAGCUGUGUGCCCAGACCCUUCCCGCUGCUGGAGAAGUGGAAGACCGCACUGCCUCGCUGGGGACUUAUAGAGACUUAGGGGGAAAGAUGAACUGGCCCCAUUCUUGCAUCUCCUUUUGCUGGAUUUACUUUGCUGCCUCCAGACUGAGAGCUGUAGAGCCAGCAGAUGGAAAAUAUGCUCAGAAGUUGUUUAAUGACCUUUUUGAAGACUACUCUAAUGCUCUUCGUCCAGUAGAAGAUACAGAUAAAGUCCUGAACGUCACACUCCAGAUUACACUUUCUCAGAUUAAGGAUAUGGAUGAGAGAAACCAAAUCCUGACUGCCUAUUUGUGGAUCCGCCAAAUCUGGCAUGAUGCAUAUCUCACGUGGGAUCGAGACCAAUAUGAUGGACUGGACUCCAUCAGGAUUCCCAGCGACCUGGUGUGGAGACCGGAUAUUGUCCUUUAUAACAA